AUCAUGAUGAAAUUAUGAUAAUCAUCUUUAUCAUAAUUUAUGAAUGAGAAGAGAAGGACGGGGUGGGAUAGGAUAUAUAAUUUAAUAAUGUUCAUCAUGAUGAAACUAUGAUGAAAUCAUGAUCAUCAUGAUUUGUAAAUGACAGGAGAAGGAGAAGAUCAUAAAUUUAAAUUUUUUUUUUAAUGAAUAGUGAAAUCUAAGUAAGGAUAUUUUUGAUUUUUCAUAUACCUUGAAUCCCCUAUCUAUUUUUUGGCUACAAAUACAGUAGCAUUUUAGCCCCACAAAAACUCGGCCCCCACAGCCCCAAUAAUAGGAUUCUUCUCCUAUCCAUUUUAGCUUUCUCAAUAACACAUUUUAGCAUUCCGGGGAUCCUAUGACACGAAACCUAUAUAAAGUGUUCUUCGCGAGUCAUCAACUAACCGAUUCAAACGCCCUUUUAUCAUCAUUGUAAACAUCGUCGGCGUUCUCCUCCUAUUUCCUCUUCAAAGGAGUAAAAUGUUGCAGGCUAUGGUGUCCUGCAAGCACCUGACUUGGUUACCAUCUUCAUCACUUGCAAAAGAGAUGUAUUCCUCCUACCACAUCAAUCCCUCAACUUCAGUCUUCCCCGUUUCUCAAUCAUCCAAAUUCAACAAUUCUCAUCGAAUCUUCUCGUCUUCAAGUGCCCUUUCUCUUUCCCGUAUGAGAAAUUGCAGUAAGGUGCAGGCAUUUGAUUUUCAAGGUGGACAAGGAAUGAAGAGUUACUUUGAUGUCGAGCUGAAAGUCCGUGACUAUGAACUAGAUCAGUAUGGUGUUGUAAACAAUGCCGUCUAUGCAAGUUAUUGCCAACAUGCCCGUCACGAGCUUCUGGAGAGGAUGGGUGUCAAUGCAGAUGAAGUUGCUCGUACUGGAAACGCAUUAGCACUAUCGGAGUUGUCCCUCAAAUUCCUAGCACCACUAAGAAGUGGUGAGAGGUUCGUUGUGAAAGUGAGGAUCUCUGGCUCCUCGCCUGCUCGCUUAUUCUUUGAACACGUCAUCUUGAAGCUACCAAAUCAAGAGCCCGUCUUGGAAGCAAAGGGCACCGCCGUUUGGCUCGACAAAAACUAUCGGCCUGUUCGUAUUCCACCACAUAUGAGAUCUAAGUUGGUUCAAUUCAUUCGUCACGAAGAUCUGUAAUGAAUUUAAUCUAGGGUAUGGUCUGAAGAUCAUCAUCUGUUGUUUGUGGUGACUAGUUGAUGCUUUACAUUUUUUGACGAUCGAGUUUUCGUCAGCCUUAACACAGUUCGUUAUAGAAUUCUUUGGUUUGUGAAAAUAGUUAAGAGUUUGAAUUGAUAAGCAUUAUCAUA